GGUGAGGAAGAGAAGUGGGCGGGGCUUUACUGGUGCAACAGCGCCACUUUUGAGCGGUCCGCUACGUUGUCAACAUAACAGACUACAGAAGUUGUUAGUCGGUGGUUGAGAUAAACAAAGAGAUCAGUGCCACGACGAUAGAGACUCCUGUUACAUGUUGAAGGUCAAAGAUGGUUCAAGACAGUGCUCGUAUUCGGCAACGGGGUGCCCAAGAUUUUAUGGCAUACUAUGACUUCGCCUGCGCCAGACAGGAAUCAGUCCCUCUCCCUGCUGUGAAGAUGAACCUUGACAAGGAGAUGUUGGAAUUUAAUGGAGACAGGGUCAAAGCCACAGACUGGCCACCCAUUCUCAGCUCUGUCUGCAUCAACAAACACCUGCACCAUAUUGCAAUAAGUAGCACAUACCAAGCUAGUCUCGGUUCUGGAGAUGCAGAUAGAAGGUACUACAAGUCUAGCUUCAGGAAGAAGAUACCAGCCAUUCGCUCAAAGGACAUGACAUUUAAGUUGUGCAAGGCCCUCAGAGAGUGUCUGACUGUCUCUCCUAACCUCAAGACUCUGCAGCUUAAUGGACUUCCACUGAGAGAGAGGGACCUGAUCACCUUGACAAAGGGUUUGGCAAAAAGUGUUUACUUGGAAAACCUGUCUCUGGCUAACUGUCCAAUCUCUGAUGAGGGCUUAGAGGUCAUUUGCCAGAGUGUUAAGUAUUCUACAAGCAUCAGGAUGGUGGAUUUUACAGGAUGCAAUCUCACCUGGAGAGGGGCAGAGCACAUAGCCAACAUCAUCAAGCAUCAGGGAAUGCAGAGGCAUGGUACGGCAUGGGCAGAGUCGCUGAGGUAUCGACGGCCACAGCUCGAGGGAAUGGGAGGUCUCCGCCGUGUCACCCUUAACUGUAACACUUUGAUUGGGGACCGAGGUGCUGCUGCUCUCGCACAUGAACUGACGGAGGAUCUCUGGGUUAAAGCUGUGGACCUACAGAGAUGCGGUCUGUCCAAUGAAGGAGCUCGUCGUUUGUUGGAGGCCUUGAAAACUAAUUCUACUGUUUGUGUACUGGAUAUUCGUAGUAACCCUUUAGUCGAUAAGGUCCUAAUUAAAACUAUAAUAGAGAAAGUGCUGAUGAAUUCUGAUGGACAGCUAACAGAGUACUGCUGGAUCAAGCCUGCAGGAGCAGAGCCACGAAGAGCUUCUGGUCCAAAGAGGCCAACAGUAUCCAGCGCAGUCAGAGGAAAAGCUAUAUUCAAGAUAGCCCCCCGACAAAGAUCGGCACCUGGAGGGCGAGGUUCAGCCGUUGAUGAAAUCCAGAAGACCUAUUCCCGUUCCCGUUAUGUGCCUUGGCGUGCAGCUGCACGAGCUGGACGCCAGAGAGGUAUGCCUCCUGGAGUCAGUGUGAUGGAUCAGAGCUUUCAGGGUGCAGCUACUGUCAAGGUUACUGUGGAGUCAGAUUCAGAGGGAGAAGAUGCUGGGGAAGAGGAAGAAGUGGUGGUUGAAGUGGAGCAAAGACCAUCUUCUCUCAGUCUCCAGGACAGGAUCACUGAACGGCAGUUUGAACACAUGCAGAUGGAGCUAAAAGAGUGUCGUCUGAGGCUGACAGAGGAGCGCAGGGCCAGACUGAAAGCUGAGUCAAGGCUCAUGGAGUACGAGUUGGAGAAUGUCCGCCUUCGUAACACCAACCGCUCCCUGUCAGAGGCGCUAGCAGCCGCUGGUUCUGCAGCAGCACCGUCUGCCACCGGUGCUCUUGAGGAUGAGGCAGUUCUUGAGAGCAUUGAGAGCUCGUUUGCCAAGUUCCAUGCUUUCCUGGAUCUCCUCAGGGAUGCUGGCCUUGGUCAGCUAGCUUCAAUGGCUGGAAUUGACAAAUCAGAUUUGCAGCCUCCAGGAAGACCUCAGCUUUCCUCUACAAUAGGACCACAUUUAGGUGGUGCAGUUUCACUGACUCAAGGGGAGUAUCGGGAUGUUGGGACAACAACUGUUGAUUCAACUUUGGGAUGCAGCGUCCCACCUGUCCCCUCUAGUAGACCGACUGACACCACUGCUCCUAGAUCUUUAUCCUCUGUCAGAGAGGAUGAAGACAGGCUGCUAAAUGUGACCUUCAGUCAGACCUCUGGACCUGCAGUAGACCUUGGUUUAGGUAGAGAAGGGGAACCAGAUAAGCCAGACUCGCGUUCUGAGCACAGGUUCUGUAGCCAAACACCCUUUGAUGAGGUUUACUUUGGUGAAACUUUACAGACUCAAUCAAGCCAUCCCAGGAGCAACAGCAACACUCACAGAAGCAUCGAGUCUCAUGGUGGAUUGUCCGGAAGAUCAAGCAUUAGUGACCUUUUAAGUGAUAAGGCUGAGUCUGUUGGAUCAGUGGGUUCAAGGAACAGGGGAAAGGGAAGACUAGUGACAGUGGGUCAGUCAGAGUCAGAAGGGUCAGACUAUCCUGGGAGGGAGACUCUGGACCAGAUCAGGUCUCUGGGCAGACUGGUAGGCCAGUCAGAUAAUGAAUCCUUCUGACCAUCUGGCCAAAAAAAAUAGACCUCUCGAUGUUUGUUCACAGAGCUAUAUUCUAGAUUAGUUCUUUUUGUUACUUUUUAAGAGUGUUCAUUUUAAAAAUGCUGUGCUCUGGAUUAUAUACAUCUUUUGAGUCGAGAUUUAAAAUGUAAGAAUUCUUACAUCUUCAAUCUGAAUUUAAUUUUAGGGAGAAAAUUAGAUGAAUUAGACAUCUUGUUGCACUGUCAAAGCAGAGCCUAAGUUGAAAUUCCCACGAAAUUAAAAUGUUUAGUUUCUGGUUAAGGCAGUGGUGUCACAAAAUGCAUUGUAAUGUAUAUUUUUUGUAUUUAUAUUUGAUCCCUUUUUAAAUAAAGAGUUGUUUUUGCAAAAAUGUUGUGCUUUGGUCAUGCCGUGUACAGAACUGUAAAACUGUUUAAUUCAGUAAAGCGAGAGAGUUAGUACACCUUUGAGUUUUCAAGCCAACCCCACCGCAGUCAAAUCUAAAUUUUAAUCCCCAAAUAAAGUUCUCCUUAAUCUGUUCCAUCUUGAUUUAUGCUUACACUU